GGUAAUGAAUGCAUCAAGUAGCACUAGAGUAGAGGUAGAGGCGCAGUGUGUCUAUGCCAUUGCCAGGUUGUGCUAUCUAAUAUCUACCUAUCUAAUCUAUAAUCACAGCGAAGCUAAGCUGCAAGGCCAGUGUCUCUGUUUUUGAGAUUGUUAGGAAUUGGAAUUGGAAUUGGAAUCUGAGCAUAACAAUGUCUGAUUCGGAGGAUGAGGGAGAAGAGUACCUGUUCAAGGUGGUCAUAAUCGGGGACUCAGCUGUGGGGAAAUCGAACUUGCUGUCUCGCUACGCCCGCAACGAAUUCAACUUGCACUCGAAGGCCACCAUCGGAGUGGAGUUCCAGACGCAGAGCUUGGAAAUCGAUUCAAAGGAAGUGAAGGCUCAGAUUUGGGAUACCGCGGGCCAAGAACGCUUCCGUGCGGUGACCUCUGCCUACUACAGAGGCGCUGUCGGUGCUCUUAUUGUCUACGACAUUAGCCGCAGGACUACUUUCGACAGCGUCGGUCGCUGGCUCGACGAGCUUAAAACUCAUUGUGAUACAACUGUUGCAACGAUGCUUGUGGGCAACAAAUGUGAUUUGGACAAUAUCAGAGCGGUGAGCAUAGAGGAAGGCAAAAGCCUUGCAGAAGCAGAAGGUCUGUUUUUCAUGGAAACCUCAGCCUUGGACUCCACAAACGUUAAUACGGCUUUUGAGAUGGUUAUUCGAGAGAUAUACAGCAACGUCAGCAGGAAGGUCCUCAACUCAGACACCUACAAGGCAGAAUUAUCUGUCGAUAGGGUGAGCCUUGUUAAUAAUGGGUCCGCUGCAUCAAAGCAAACCCAAGGCUAUUUUUCUUGCUGUUCAAUAUGACCACAGUUCUCAUUUCCAGCUAGCUUUGUAUGUUGAAUUUGGUUUUCGUUGGCUGAUUAUUAAAUGGGCUGGCUUAUUCCUUGGUGGAUAUGAUUUGAAAAGUUCUUCUAUUAUAGACAUAUAGUAACAAAAACGUUGUCUUCAAUUUUAAGAAAAAAAGGGUUUAAUUGUAUAAUGGGGGGUACAAAGCUUGUAAUUGCAGCAGAUGAAGUGGUUUAUGUCUUGUUUGGUGAAAAUGUUUAAUGAUUUCUCGAAUGUUUGAUUGUCGAAUUCCUUGUCUUUUUUUACUUUUUGGGUUAUCUUGUUCUCCUUUCCACUAGUUUCGUUCACGGGA